AUGUCCCGGCCCAGCAGCAGAGCCAUUUACAUGCACCGGAAGGAGUACUCCCACAGCCUCACCUCGGAGCCCACCCACCUGCAGCACAGGGUGGAGCACCUGAUGACCUGUAAGCUGGGCACUCAGAGAGUCCGGGAGCCCAAGGACGCCAUGCAGAAGCUACAGGAGAUGGACGCUCAGGGCCGGGUGUGGAGCCAGGACUUGAUCCUGCAGGUCAGGGAUGGCUGGCUCCAGCUACUGGACAUCGAGACCAAGGAGGAACUGGACUCUUACCAGCUGGACAGCAUCCAAGCCAUGGACGUGGCACUCAACACUUGCUCCUACAACUCCAUCCUGUCCGUCACUGUGCAGGAUCCGAGCCUGCCGGGCAGCAGCACUCUGCUCUUCCAGUGCCAGGAAGUGGGGGCAGAGCAACUGAGGACCAGCCUGCAGAAGGCCCUGGAGGAGAAGCCGGAGCACAGACCCCGAUUUGGAGCCCUUCACCAAGACCAGGACAGAUGGAGGGGGGCUCCUCUGGAAAGACCAUUCCCCAAGGAGCAGGCACCCCCCCUUGGAAGGGAGCCCCCUCUAGAACAGCGCCCCAGGAUGGCCCCAGAGCACAAUAUACCACCAUCCCUAAGGUCCAGUGCCCGAGAACCAAGCACCUUCCCUCUGCCUCCUCCAUUUCGGCCCCCAUCCCCCGAGGACCCAGCCAGAGAUGAGGAGGUGCUAAACCAUGUCCUAAGAGACAUCGAGGUGUUCGCAGGACAGCUGAAGGAGGCCGAGGCAAACGGCAAUCAUAAGAAGAAACUAAGGAAGAAAAAAAAGUAUCAGGGAGGGGUGACACAGGCGCAGUACAUUGAUUGCUUCCAGAAGAUCAAGUACAGCUUCAACCUCCUGGGGAAGCUAGCCAUCCAUCUGGAGGAGACGACUGCCCCUCAGUUUGUACAUCUCAUCUUCCAAACUCUGAACUUGAUCCUGAGCCAGUGCGCUAAGCUUGACCUAGCUUCCCAAGUGAUCUCACCUCUCCUCACCCCCAAAGCCAUCGACCUGUUGCAGUCCUGCCUAAGCCCCGCUGAGAGUAACCUCUGGAAGGGGCUGGGCGUGGCCUGGACCACCAGCCGGGCUGACUGGACAGGCGAUGAGCCUCUGCCCUACCAACCCACGUUCUAUGAUGGCUGGCAGCUUCCAGAACCCUCCAACCAGGCUCCCUCAGGAUACCAGGACUCUCCUCCUCUCCAGGGUCCCAACCUUGUGCCCGUCCACCCUAGACCUGUCAAGCCAGUCCUGAAAAUGCAAGUCCUAUAUGAGUUUGAAGCUAGGAACUCACGGGAACUGACGGUGACCCAGGAAGAGGUGCUCGAGGUCCUAGACAACAGCAAGCGAUGGUGGCUGGUGAAGAACGAGACAGGACAGCGCGGCUACAUUCCCAGCAACAUCCUGGCGCCCCUUCAGGCGGGGGGCCAGGAGCACUCUCGGGCUCCAGUGCUUCGACUUAGCUCAAGGCCUGAGGAGGUCACAGCCUGGCUGCAGGCAGAGAACUUCUCCACUAUCACCGUGAAGACCCUUGGGUCCCUGAUGGGGAACCAGUUGCUUCACAUAAGACCCGGGGAGCUACAGAUGCUGUGUCCACAGGAGGCCCCACAGGUCCUGGCACGGCUGCAGGCCGUCAGAAGGAUGCUGGGGGUGAGGACACUUGCGUUCCUAACCCCCAGUGGAAAUGUGGGCUAG